GCCCAUCUCCCAUCUCCCGUCUCCCGUAUCCCGUCUCCCAUCUCGCAUCCUGCCUCUUGCAUUUGCUUACCACUUGUUCUGUCGUCCGCAUGUGUCGCAGUAGUCCUGUGUUUUCUAGCAUACACUGAUCCGACUCGACUUCCUGCCAUUGUCGUUGCUCUGAUCGGCCAUCCUUGUUGCAUCGGCAUAGCGAUACGCUGAAGCCUCCGGCGCAUUCACCACCACUGCACCAACGCUUGUCGCAAUGUUUGUUCUACCGCCUCCGCCGCGUUACCCAAACGGGAACCUAUAUACCGGCUAUCCUCCAGGUGCCAUCAUCGAGACCAACAACACCCUCGCCAAGCACACAGGCCCCGAGUAUCAGCUGCUUGUCGGUGAGGGUACCUAUGUCCAACGUGACGAGCUCCUUCUGGCCACACCGCCGCCCCAUCCUUCAGACAACCCCGUGCCCAACAGCAACCCUCUCGCUACCACCAUCGCUCCUCCCACCCAGGGCACCAGACUCUCGUUAUGUAUAGUCGCUCCGAAGAAGCUCCCCGACAAUCCUCUCGCUCGUACCAUCACUGCCACUAGCCAGCGUUCUGCUGUUCCUACGAGUAUUCAGGACGAUCCUCUGACCCCGACAACCGAUUCGGCCUCGUUCUUCCGAUCAUCAAACACUCCUGUAUUUGGCGACAACAAUCCGGCCCUGGCUCCAAUUCCUACAAAGGACAAUAAAGACCCAUCAAAGAGGCGUAAGCCAAAGAACAACAUCGUCAAAAGUAACUCUUCAUUUGUAUCUCGCGUCAUUCCACAUGAAGCUCUUCAGAAGCGCCUCCAGGAACGCAACCCUCAGGGUGUCUUUGCUUUCUCGAACAUCAACAGAGCGCUUCAGUGGUUGGAUCUCUCUUCCGAUGUCAAAACAGAGAAUCUGACUAAAAUCCUGUUUACCAAAGCUCAUGCUCUCUGCCAUCAUGUCAAUCCUUUCACCAAAAGCACCACUCAUCUAGAUGUCAUCCUAGGCUUCUCCUCUUCGGACAUCAUCUGGUACGAGCCGAUCUCCCAGAAGUAUGCGCGCAUCAACAAAAAUGGUGCCAUCAACUCGUCCGCCGUCUCCUCCAUCUGGUGGUUGCCCAAUAGUGAGAACCUCUUUUUGGCUGCUCACAUGGACGGCACUCUGAUUGUGUAUGAUAAGGAGAAGGAGGACGCCCCUUUCAUACCUGAGCAAGAGACUUCUGAUUCUGCCGACAUCCAAUCUGGCCCUGCAUCCUUCGUCAUUAAAAAGUCCGUUCAGUCUCGUAACCAAAAGACCAAUCCCGUAGCUGUGUGGAAAAUUAGCCACCAGCAGAUCAAUUGCAUUUCCUUCUCUCCUGAUGGCAGACAUCUUGCAAUCGUAUCGGAAGAUGGUUCUCUGCGCAUCAUCGACUACCUCAAGGAGCAACUUCUGGACGCCUUCACCUCAUACUACGGUGGCCUGACAACUGUGACAUGGUCUCCCGAUGGCCGCUACAUCCUUACUGGUGGCCAAGAUGAUAUUGUUAGCAUCUGGUCUUUCGCAGAUGCCACCCUGGUCGCCCGUUGCCAGGGACACAGCAGUUGGGUAACGGACGUCAAGUUCGAUCCUUGGAGAUGCGAUGAGCGCAACUACCGCUUUGGUAGUGUGGGUGAGGACUGCAAGCUUUUACUCUGGGACUUUUCUGUUGGUAUGCUCGGCCGAACGAGAGCAGUAAGUUUCAUCUCUGGCCCUUCCUGAUGAAUGGCCUACUGAUCAAAGGUGUACAGAUGUCUAUCAAACACCGAGGUAGUAUGACAUCUAAUGCGAUCAUCCGCAAGGAGACCAAUUCUACUGUCGGCCGCAUCAGAUCACACUCGAC